AUGGACUCGACGUACCACUUGAACGAGCUGCGCAAGGAACUGGAUCCUGCUGACGCGAAAUUGUAUAGUACUGACAAGGUCGUACUGGACAAGAUUGAAAAGACCUUGAUCGCUUUAACGCAUUUCGGACUUCUUAAGGACAAAGAGUCGCAACUCACACAGUCCGUCAAGUUCGAUGAUGCUUCCAUCGUGGGAACUAUAGACGAGAAGAUGGAAGCCACCGAACUUCUAGUCAGGGCCAAACACUUUACUUGA